AUGUUGUCAGCACUCCGCGCCGCACGCGCUGUUCGCUCCCCACGCGCCCUCCCCCGCGUCGCCGCUUUCGCUCGCUACGUCCAGACUGCAGCGGACAAAAGUGUGCCGCACGACGAUGUGCCCGAGAAGGGCAACGAGGAGUUCAAGAUCCGUCUUCACGAAGACACUUUCCAGGGAUACUUGUGCGAUCCGCCCGAGGCGUUUGUCGAGACCAGCAAGGAUGAGCUCAUCCAGAUGUACGACCAGAUGACCACCAUGCGCCGCAUGGAGCAGGCGGCUGACGCGCUGUACAAGCAGAAGCUGAUUCGCGGAUUCUGCCACCUCGCGAUCGGACAAGAGGCCGUCUCGAUCGGCAUGGAGCACGCGAUCACCCCUCAGGACAACGUCAUUACCUCUUACCGAUGCCACACCUUUGCCGUGCUGCGCGGCGGCACGAUCAAGGGCGUGCUGGCCGAGCUCAUGGGUCGCGAGGCGGGCAUGAGCAACGGCAAGGGUGGCUCGAUGCACAUCUUCACACCUUCUUUCUUCGGCGGUAACGGCAUUGUCGGUGCGCAGGUUCCUCUCGGCGCCGGCAUCGCGUUCGCGCAAAAGUACCUCAAGAAGCCGCAGGUGACGUUUGCGCUUUACGGUGACGGCGCGUCCAACCAGGGCCAGGUGUUUGAGGCGUUCAACAUGGCCAAGCUGUGGAGCAUCCCAGCUGUCUUUGUGUGCGAGAACAACAAGUACGGCAUGGGCACCAGUGCCGAGCGGUCGUCGCAGAACACGUCGUACUUUACGCGUGGUGACAAGAUUCCCGGUAUCGAGGUCAACGGCAUGGACGUGCUUGCUGUCAAGAAGGCGUGCGAGUGGGCCAAGGAGUGGACCGUCUCGGGCAAGGGCCCUCUUCUCAUCGAGUUUGUGACGUACCGCUACGGUGGCCACUCGAUGUCCGACCCCGGUACCACGUACCGUACCCGUGACGAGGUGCAGCAGGUGCGUAGCGCGCACGACCCCAUUGCUGGCCUCAAGAAGUACAUUCUCGACUGGGGAGUCGCCACCGAGGACGAGCUCAAGGCGAUCGACAAGCGUGCAAAGGACACGAUUGCCGAGGCCGUUGAGGAGGCCAAGCAGUCGCCCAUGCCUGGCCUGCACGAGUUCUGGACCGACAUCUACUACAAGGGUACCGAGCCGCCGUUUAUGCGCGGCCGUACCAAGGACGAGAUCCACUACUACGAGAAGGCCGCUGCGUGA